CGGUGGCGACAUGAGCAGCGGGGCGGCGUCCGGGACUGGGCGGGGGCGGCCCCGGGGCGGGGGGCCGGGGCCCGGGGACCCCCCACCCAGCGAGACACACAAGCUGGUGGUCGUGGGCGGCGGCGGCGUGGGCAAGAGCGCACUGACCAUCCAGUUCAUCCAGUCCUACUUUGUGUCUGACUAUGACCCAACCAUCGAAGACUCCUAUACGAAGAUCUGCACUGUGGAUGGUGUCCCGGCCCGGCUGGACAUCCUGGACACUGCAGGCCAGGAGGAGUUCGGUGCCAUGCGGGAGCAGUACAUGCGCGCCGGCCACGGCUUCCUGCUGGUGUUUGCCAUUAACGACCGGCAGAGUUUCAACGAGGUAGGCAAGCUUUUCACGCAGAUCCUCCGAGUGAAGGACCGAGACGACUUCCCCAUCGUGUUGGUUGGGAACAAGGCAGAUCUGGAGACACAGCGCCAGUUGGAUCUCCCGAGUUCCCAGCCUUGCACACAGGACUUCCCAGGAGAGAUGGCUGGACGGCAAAAAGGGCACCUGUCCCCCAUCCCCAGGUCCCCCGAUCUGAAGCCUCUGCCUAUGGCGCCUCCCACCACGUGGCCUACUUUGAGGCCUCGGCCAAACUGCGCCUCAAUGUGGACGAGGCCUUCGAGCAGCUGGUGCGGGCCGUACGGAAGUAUCAGGAACAAGAGCUCCCGCCCAGCCCACCCAGCGCCCCCAGGAAGAAGGACGGGGGCUGUCCCUGUGUCCUCCUGUAGCCCCGGCGGCGGCGUGAGAGGAGCAACCAGCACGAGCUCUUGGGACCAGCUGCCCUCACCGAGCCUCAGUUUCCCCAUCUGGGUUUCCCAGGAUACACUACACCCCCAUCUGUAAUUCCUGGCUUCCUCCAGGACAUCGCCACUGUGUGCCUUCUGCCAAUAUGCCUCCUUUCCCCACCCGAGCCCCUUGUUGGGGUGAGGGGCUCCCGGGCAUCCGGGUCACUGCUGUAUAUAACUCCCCUCUCCACCCCUAGGGAAAUAAACGUCACUGCCAAUGUCAGAAAA